AUGGGUUACAUUUCUCUGACCAUAGUUGCAUUCCUAAUCGCUUUUGCCUCUCCAGUGGUUCUAGCCACCGAUACGGCGCCGAUUCCAGAAGACAGGUCUCAAAUCCCGCAAUGGUUCCAGACAAACGUUGCACCCUAUUCCCAGAGAAAGGGAACCCUAGACCCCGCCCUGGAAGCUGCUGAAACAGCACGACAAAUUAUCACCGUGAAUCAAAAAGGAGGCGCUAACUUUAAGACAAUAAACGAAGCGAUCAAGAGCAUUCCGACUGGAAACAAGAACCGUGUGAUCAUCAAGUUGGCUCCAGGUGUAUACAAUGAAAAGGUCACGAUCGACGUGGCGCGACCAUUCGUUACAUUGCUUGGUCAACCUGGUUCAGAAACGAUCUUGACUUACCACGGAACGGCUGCUCAGUACGGAACCGUAGAGAGUGCAACUCUUAUAGUCUGGUCUGACUAUUUCUUGGCAGCUAACCUCAUCAUCAAAAAUACUGCUCCUAUGCCGAAACCAGGUGCACAAGGACAAGCUCUAGCUAUGAGGAUCAACGGUGACAAGGCAGCUUUUUACAGCUGUAAAUUCUACGGUUUUCAAGAUACUCUUUGCGACGACAAAGGCAACCAUUUCUUUAAGGACUGUUACAUCGAAGGAACCUAUGAUUUUAUCUUUGGAAGAGGAGCUUCCUUGUAUUUGAACACGCAAUUGCACGCUGUUGGAGAUGGAUUAAGAGUGAUAACGGCACAAGCUCGACAAAGUGAUACCGAGCAAAACGGAUACACGUUCGUGCACUGCAAAAUCACUGGGACCGGAACCGGAAUUUAUCUGGGCCGGUCUUGGAUGAGCCAUCCAAAAGUUAUCUAUGCUUUUACAGAGAUGAGUAGCGUGGUCAAUCCAGCUGGCUGGAGGGAAAACUUCAACCGCGGCUAUGACAAGACGGUGUUCUAUGGAGAAUACAAGUGUUUCGGAGCAGGUUCACACCAAGAGAAGAGAGUGCCUUACACACAAGAUGUUGAUCAAAACGAAGUUAGGCCUUUCCUCACUCUUGGUUACAUCAAGGGUUCCACUUGGCUACUUCCUCCUCCUAAAUACUGA